AUGCGCAGCGCCGCGUCCGCCUCCAAGACCCGCCCCGCCGACGCGGCCGCCACUCCAGGUGAUCCUGUCUCCGCCUGUCCAGGCAGUCCUGCCCACGGCUUCACCGGCUUCCCCGCCUGCGAAGGUGGACAGAGCUUCUGCCAGAGCUCAGAACUGGUGUUCCAUGAGCAACUUUAUGAUGGGGAGGAGCCCCACAAGUGCUUGGAGUAUGGGAAGAGCUUCAGGCAGAGCAGCACCCGGAUUAGCCACCAGAUGAUCCACACCGGGGAAUGGCCCUACAAGUGUGGGGAAUGUGGGAAAAGCUUCAGCUGCAGCUCUGCCCUCAUCAGGCACCAACACAUCCACACUGGGGCGAGGCCCUAGGAGUGUCCCCAGUGUCAGAAGAAGUUUCGGACCAGCUCCAAUCUCCUCCAGCACCAGCGGAUGCACACUGAGGAGAGGCCUUUCCUCUGCCCUGACUGUGGUAAGGGCUUCAAGUGCAAGUCCAGCCUCAUCACCCACCAACGCAUCCACAUCGGGGAGAGGCCCUAUGAAUGUCCCGAGUGUGGGAAGAGGUUUCGGAUCAGCUCCAAUCUCCUCCACCACAAGCGAAUUCACACUGGCGAGAGGCCCUUCAGCUGCCCUGAAUGUGGGAAGGGCUUCAAGCACAACUCCAACCUGGUCACCCACCGGCGCAUCCACAAUAGGGAGAGGCCCUACAAGUGUCCCCAGUGUGGGAAGAGCUUCAUCCAGAGCUCUGCCUUGACCAGUCACCAACGGAGGCACCGGUAA